UGUAACUCACUGUGAAACCGCAGAAAAUUCAACAAUGGUGAAACCUUCGUCUGCUGAAACUCCUCCUACUUCUUCAUUCCAUCCAGUGUUCCUUCUUCAAACACUUUUAGUCCACUUGAUUUGUGGCGUAAGUUUGGGCAUCGGAUUAUGGAUGGCUCACGACGUCUAUUACAUCAGUCUCGUCUCUAAUCCUUCGUCCACUCUCCGUUUGAUCUGGGUUAUCGAGAGCCCAAUUGUUAUACUUCUUUACAGCUAUGUCCGGAAAAAUCCCAACAAAUCCUCGUAUUUCAAAGCUGUGGUGCGAGGCCUACUGGGACUCCCUGUUGGGGCUCUUGUAAAUGCUUUAGGAGCUAUUGCUUUGGGUGCACCUGUGGGCAUUCAGUAUUUGUCAAAUACUGUUCAUUGGUCUCUAAUGAUGUCACUCUUCACUUUUGUGCCUGCUGCUUCGGUAUAUGGCUCGUCUUGGGAAGAUUGGCGACGUAUAUUUGCACAUACAAAGCCAAAUGGAUUUGUAGACUAUAUGAUUUGUUUACCAGCCCAUGGAGCUGUUUUUGGAGCUUGGUUUGGUGCUUGGCCGAUGCCUCUUGAUUGGGAGAGGCCCUGGCAGGAAUGGCCGAUUUGUGUGAGUUAUGGAGCCAUGACAGGGUAUGUGAUUGGAAUGGUGGCAUCUAUCAGUUUUGUAAUCAUCCAUGGAAGACAACAGCAUCAAAAAGGGGACUAGCUUUCAAGUGAUUAUCAAUUACUAGUUGAGUGAAGAAUGAAUUUUUGGAAUUUUCUCAUAAAUAGAGCUGCUUUUGUUUUCACUCAAUGUAUGAUUUUUUUCAGUGGCAAGGGCUUGUCCUUGGGCACAUUAUUGUUGGAGCAUAUAGUCAAAAUCCAAUGGAAAGAUAACAAUAGGAAAUUCUAUUUAUUCUGGUUUGUGCUAAGCUAGUUGAGCUUUCGUUUAUAUGAAAUAGUACAUGUAUUCUUAACAAACAAUUGAAAAUUGAGAAAUUGAGCUAAAGUUUAGAUUCCUUUCAAAAUCGAAGAAAGUUUAGAAUUUUAGUAAGC